UGUAGAUAACAGCCGGAAGCCGGGAAAAUUACCCGGCUGUGAACGCGAUUUUUCCGGCUGUGAAGCACUACUUCUUUCCCCAAAUUGUUUUUAAAUGUUGUCAGAAUAUUGUUAUUUAUUUAUUUCAUUUGUUUACACCUUCACAUCUAGGUAUAGCGUGCCAAAGGUACGCUAGAGUCAGGUGGGCCUUCGGCCCAAAUACCCGCCUAUCAUUGCAAGAUUCCCGCCUGCUAAAAACUUUAGCUACAUCCCUGACAGAUAUCAGUGGCCAACUUUGCUCAAUUCUCUUCUACCAUCAGCGGUGAGAAGAUUCAGGACCACGAAAUCAUGGUGUCCUUUGACGUAGAGUCACUGUUCAUCAACGUCCCCAUUGAGGGUGCCAUAGAAGCCGCGCGACGAAGAUCAGGGAGUGACCCAAGCCUUGCAAACCGCACGACACUAGCACCUGCUCAGAUUGCGAACCUCUUAGACUUCGUGAGAACUUGUGCGUCCAAAGAGCGAGUCAGACCUCUCGGAAAACAAGGACUCGUCUGAACAAUAGGGAUCGAAAUCCACCAAUCACAUUAUAUCGCAGUGAUACACCUGAUAAGGCGUUAGCAGUCGACCUCAUCGCCAGAUGAAGACUUUCUUUUACGGUAGUGACUUAUUUGUGACUCACAGUUCUAAAUAUACGUUUAGGAUAUCAACGAGAACAUAGAUUAACACAUUAAGUGAAAUGGCUUGCUUUCAAGCAAGGUUUUAUUUGUACUGCACGGAAGUUCCAUACUGCUAGACUGUGAUUGGCUCUUUCUGUGAACUUCCGAUCCGACCUCUAGUAUAAAUACAAUUUCAAUUUAAUUAUGUUUUAGUUAAUGACGUAAAGUUCACCAAUAGCUAAUAUGUCUUUCAGGGCUAGUUUGAAGGUACCAAAGUAUGGUCUGUUCUAUUUCCCAAUAGACCAGACUACUAGUAUUAUUCCUAUUAAAAAUAUCCAAAAAGUUGUCCAAGGAGACAAUGUAAGUAAGGGCAGCAAAGUAAUGGUUAAGUUCGAGAGGCAAGUUUAUCAAGCUGAAAUAAUAGGUGUCAACGAUGAUUUUUCCGAAUUGCGCGAAACGGAAUCUAAGUUUCUCGAGGACCCCGGAAAUUCUGAGCUGUUCAAAAAGCAAGAGGAGGCGACAUCAGCCAUUACGAGUGAAGAGCCGACCGAGAUAGCUGAUAAAACGAUCGAGAAAGCUGCGUCCAAAAAGCGGAAACAGUCAGUCGCGGAUGAGAAGGCGAAAGUGAAAAAGGAAAAGGGAAGUGACCCGGAACAGGCCACCAUCCCCAGAACACCAUCCCCAGCACCUUUGUCAUACACACCAAUGCUGCCAUCAGUUCUGUCGCCUCUACCACCGACACGUAAACUUAGGCUGUCCCACUCCGUGCCACCAAACCUUUCCAUGCAGAGCCAGACUGACAGCCAUUCAGAAAUAAUCACAUGGCUUCGGCAUAUUUCUGCGCAACAAGAAGCAAUGAAAGAGGGAUUGAAUACGCUAAUUGGAGUGCUCGCUGGUAAAACCGAAUCAGCCACCCCCCCUGCUGAAAACUUUGAGGCCAAAGUUCAACAAGAAGUUCCACCAUUCAUUCCAUCUGUAAAUGAGUGGAUGAACACAAUGUUAUCUGAGGAAGAAACUCGUGAGGAUCCAUACCUGUAUGGUUUUUAAGUGGUACUGGAUGAUGAUUUAUAUUGGUUAUGUGCCUCAUAAUUUUUCCUUAGGGUAAAUUUUAUAAUAGUAGAGGCGUGUCAAUGUGCAAUGUUAUAUUUUGAAAGUUUCCAUUUGUGCAAUGUUUUUUCCAUUACGUAAUAAAGAUGGAAUCAAAAAGUUGCUUUCAUUUGAAAGGGUAAA